ACGCGGAGCAAUCUGGACUCGUUCCAUUUCGCCGGCUAUCGACCGAGAGAGCGCGUACGUGCUCCCUCCAAACACGAGGGUGUGCCCCGUCGUCCUCCCUCCCUCGUCAAAACGGAGCCUUUGCCUCCGGUGCGCUUGAUCUGGACAAUUUCCUGGCCGGCGCGGUGUAAAGGUGGGAUCUUCCCGUAGCUGGAUCGGCGGCCGGGGUUCCAGCUCGAGCGCGCCCGCGGGGGACCUUUCGCUAUUGUCUGAGAUUUUUGUCGUGUCGAUUGUGAGUUUGGCAGGAUGAUGACGUGGAGAGGUAGCGGGGUUCCGGCGGAUUCUUACUACGAGGCUCGGGAAGGGUGCGCCGAGGGGCCCGAGAGCAAGUUCAAGAUUAAGUUUGUUCGUGUAGGCUGGAAGGACUCUAAGCGUACGAAGAUGGCAAACUGCAUUCAGUCCAGAAGGUUAUUUGGACAUUGCUUCGGUUCUCAGACGUAUACAGCGGGCAGGUGUUCAUCCUUCCAUAAGAGGAGAGGUUUGGGAGUUCUUACUUGGAUGCUUUGAUCCAAAAAGCACCUUUGAUGAACGUGAGCAACUGAGACAGCAUCGAAGAGUGCAAUAUGAAAGAUGGAAGGAUGUGUGUCGUGAAUUGGAUUCUCAUGUUGGCAGUGGAAUAGUUGUCACAGCUCCAUUAAUCACUGAAGAUGGUCAACCUAUUAAAGACCCUUUAGUUCUCAUGGAAGCCAGUCCUAAUCAAAUUUCAUCUAAAAGGUCACAAGUUGAUAGCGGUGCAGAAAGCACAGAUCCUUUGAUGAAUAAACAAGUGAUUAGUUGGAAGCUUACCCUACAUCAGAUAGGUCUUGAUGUGCUUCGUACUAAUAGAAGUCUGGUAUUUUAUGAGAAGAAAGAAAAUCUUUCUAAGCUUUGGGAUAUUCUUGCUGUCUAUGCCUGGAUCGACAAAGAUGUUGGCUAUUGUCAAGGUAUGAGUGAUCUUUGUUCCCCAAUGAUAAUUCUUCUUGAAGAUGAAGCAGAUGCAUUCUGGUGCUUUGAGCGUUUGAUGCACAAACUGCGAGGAAAUUUCAAAUGCACUGAGAGCUCCAUCGGGGUGGAGAACCAACUUCAAAGUCUAGCAUCCAUCACACAAGUUUUGGACCCAAAGCUUCACCAACACCUAGAAACCCUAGGCGGAGGUGAUUACCUUUUUGCAGUUCGCAUGCUUAUGGUAUUGUUCAGGCGAGAAUUGUCCUUCGGAGAUUCUUUGUAUCUUUGGGAGAUGAUGUGGGCUUCUGAAUAUCAUCCUGAUCUAUUCAUGCUUUAUGAAGAACCAGAGAUUUUAACUGAAAAGAAUGACCGAUCUAAAAGGAAACUCAAGUCGACUCGUCAAUUUGGGAAAUUUGAAAGGGACAAUAUCAGGAAUGGAACUAAAACUUCAGAAGCCCCUUUGCCAAUCACAGUUUUUCUCGUUGCUAGUGUUCUCAAGGAUAAAAGCACAAAGUUAUUGCAUGAAGCACGUGGUUUGGACGACGUUGUUAAGAUUUUAAAUGACAUAACUGGAGAUUUAGACGCAAAGAAAGCUUGCAGCCAUGCAAUAAAGCUUCACAAGAAAUACCUGAAAAUGACCAAAAAUUCAUAGUUUCCAGAGUAUACACUGUUUGACGAGAAUUGAUUCCAGCAGCCAAAUAGUGUAAGGUUUACUUGGUGAAAGGUUUCUGAAGGAUACAUACAUCUCACCUACAUCAAGUUUUCUAGCUUAUUGUAUUAUUUGUGUGAGCUAGUUUUAUGCUCCUACCUGUUGUGCUGUCAAGUCUAAUACACGAAGUUUCGCUCACUUGUUCUCCCUCUAAGCAAACCAUUGCAAUUGUAUUGAUUAAAGAACACGAAAUGUUCAAGGUUUCUGUAACUGUAAUAAACCUGAUGUAUUAACAAAAUGAGGAUGUCAAUAAUGCAUUUUUCUUAAAUGUAAACGGAUUGUUCCUGUAAAAGCCAGAACCUUGCUUUAGAUUUUAACAAUCUAGUUUGGAAA